ACAGAGUAGAGUUGCAAGAUGGCGGCCCGCUGGGGGACCGGUGAGGAGAUGUUAACAGCCAGUAAACUAGAAUAUUUUUCAUCAACGACUCUUGACGAGUCAGAAAUAUUACAGGAAGGUCUGUGCAGUCUGCAAUAUGAUGGUCUGGACACUGGAGAUGCACUUGAAGCCCUACAUGGCUGUUUUGAUCCAUCCAUUCUCUCAAUAUUUGAGGAUUCUACAAAUGGAGAGGUUAAAAGUGGUGUUGAUGAAGAAAGUGAGGCAACACUUCUCACGGCUCUCACAGAAAUACUAGACAAUGUGGAUGAUGAAAAGUUGUCUCCCUUUGAUACUCUACCUGACAUGGAGCUUUUGCAAGGACAGAAGAAAUUCUAUGAGCACUUAGCUAGACAUGAUGGUGGUGAAGAUGGUUCUGCUGGUUUUUCUGAACUUAUUCAAGAUUUGGCUGUAUCAUCUGAAUUGGACUGGUGCCUUCCCAUAUCCCUGGAGCAGGAUGGGGAGACUGUGUCUGUUACUCUCAGUGAUUUGGUCAAACACAUGCACCCAUAUGCCAUGACUUUGUGUGUGGAAGGGAAGGAGCAGCUCCUGCCUGAAGGAGGAAUCAUUUUGGAGGUUAUGGAUAAAGGAGAAUAUGGAGAACCUAUUCUUGCUAUCCCAGACCUGAGCUUUCCCCUAUCUGUGGAUAGUUUAGCAGAUGAACAGAGUGUUCCAGAAAAGGUUAUGAGUAAACAUGAUGACACCCAGUCAGAGGUAGCCCCAUCUAAGGUUUUACCAGUCUGUGAUGAUAAAGUGGAGAAUGUAAAAAUUAAACAUUCUCAGAAAGAGUCACCUGAAAAAAGGCUCUCGAAAAAGAAAUGGAAAACUGAAGACACCAAACCUGUUGAAGGAAGAGUGUUAAGGAGCAUGUCCUCUAAGGAGGCAGUCGAGGAACCCAGUAAGGAAGGCGAAGAACAAAAGAGGAAGAAAAAGGUUACAUUUGCCCCUGUACUUACUGUAGAUGAGAAUAAGAAGCAUCAAGUUAAAUCAGAAGUGAAGACAAUUGAGGUACAGGAGCCUAAGGAAAUUCCUUCUCCCACCAUAACUGCCACAGCAAACCUGGAAUUAAAUCAAGUCUGUACAGAUGGCAUGAAAUCACAACACUUGCAUAUCCCUGUAGAAAAAGCCUCACCUAGUGAUAAAUGUAGAGAAACUGCACUGCCUUUAGAUCAGCAGCCUGAAGUCAGUCAGUCUAGUGAACCCAAGCAAAAAUCACUUAGUUUAGAACAGUAUCGUCGACUUCGCCAGAAGAAGAAACCGUCUCCGUUGGAAAAGGUGUGUGACAACAGCACUAAAUGGCCUACUUUACCAGAAGCACCCAAGGAACUUCCUCCAAUCCCCUGCCUGCCUGAGCCCAACUCUAAAGACCCACGUCGUGCAGCCUCCACUGCUGUAAAAAAGGAAUGUGUCCCUGAAGUCAUGCCCGCCUGGCAGCCAAGAGGCCCUGGAGCACCCCCAACUCCUCAGGCUUUGCUGGUUCCACCGGCAUCAAUGUUGGCUGCGUCUAAAAAACCUGAGUCCUGUAAGUCUAUUUCUCCAGCUCCCACAAAACCUGACACAAAUUUAGCCACACCCACAAGCUCCUCCACACAGUCUUGUUCCCUGAAACCACCUGUUCCAACCCAUAUGUCUGAGAACACUAUAACCAACAAGGAAUCUUGGACUGCUAAGGAGACAUCAGCUGAAAUUGCUCCAUCGCUACCAAUGGCCACUAUAGUUGGAGAUACUCAUAAUCUCCAUGCAGCUGAGCAGGCAAAAUGUUUACAAAAUACCCCCUCUGCUUCUUAUAAGGCCACAGUGAGCCAAUUAUCAGCCCUCUCUAAGGAUCAAGAAAUCUCCCAAACUCAGGUUGUUCCUGAAAUCUUAAUCACUACAAAACCUGAUGCCUCUAAUGCUUCUGGGCCUAAACCUGCAAAGCUUGCUCAGUCAGUCAGCACUACCAAGCCUACAGCCAGUUCCCAGCGUCACGUUGCACCCAUAGCGCUACAGCCUUUCUCAUCAGCUCCAAUCCAGGCUAGAAUUAUGAAGCUGGCAGAGCAGAUGAGGAUGGCUUCUGCAGCAGCAUCUAAAACAAGGAGCCCUACAACAGAGCUUAUACAGUCCUUCACCAGUGAAAUUGGUAUUGAGGCUUCUGACCUCACCAGCCUUUUGGAACGCUUUGAAGAGACUCAGACCAAAGAGGAACAGAAUGUGCCAGAGGUCUGUGGUAGAGCAGCUGCUGUAGGAAACUCCAGUGUGGAGAAGCAUAAAGAAACCACAGUGCUCAAAAAAGCUUGCAGUCCUGAUCUGGGCAGCACAGCAGGACUUACUCCACCAGCCACACCUCCUCACCAGAUGUGGAAGCCCUUGGCACCAGUUGCAUUAUUAGGAAAACAAAGCAAGUCAGAAAUAGCCAGAUCAACUCCAUCUAAGGCCAUUCAAAUCGAACCACUUCCGUUGCAUGCAUGCAAGCUCCAAAGCAAGCCCCAGACUUCCGUUACUCUUGGACAGAUUCAGCCUUUUUCUCUAGACCAUGAUUACUGUCUCCAUCCAAAGGAACCCCCCCAAAAUGAGCUGGGCAAUGUCUGUUCUUCUAAGCAACAACCAAGCAUCAUAAAGUCAACAGAGUUGCCUUCUGCAAACAGCAAGGCAUCAGCAGAGACUAGCUCUAAACUCCCUUCAACCACCACCACUAAAGAAAGCUUUCAGGAAAAUGUUCAAUCUCAGCCCCUUGUAUGUGUGAGUCAGUCUGAGAGGAAGGCCUUGACCACCACAGGCAUAGUGACACCGGAUGCUUCUCCAGAGAGACUGGAUUCGGAGAGAUUUAAGGGAUAUUCCGAUCGUUCCCCCAGCCCAUGCCACCAGAAGAGAGGACGAACAAAGAGAAAAUACAGAAGCCGUUUACCUAGCAGGUCUAGAUCUACAUCAAGCAGUUCUGGAUCUUCUGUAUCAUGCUCUCCACCCAGGAAAAGAUAUCGGUCUCGCAGCACCUCCAGAUCUCCUUCAAGAUAUCGCACCCACUCCCGCUCAUCAUCUCCUCGACAGCGUAGAUAUUCGUAUUCCAGCUCUGAUUCUUGGAGCCGUAGCCGGUCUCGUUCCCGAUCACAUUCUCGAUCUCGGUCUCCCUCUCACAGGUCUCACCACUGGGACACUCGCUGCAGUCCUAACCAGAGAACUAACUACUGUUAUGAUUUAAAACACCAUAAUGAGGAAAUAAGACGACGCAAGGAGAAGGCUAUCGAGGAGCGUAGAGUAGUUUAUGUUGGUCGCAUUCAUGGAAGCAUGACCCGUAAGGAGCUGAGGGAACGCUUCACGUACUUCGGGGAGAUUGAGGAAUGCACUGUACACUUUAGAGAGCAUGGAGACAACUAUGGCUUUGUCACAUACUACAACAAAAAGGAUGCAUUUAAUGCUAUUGAGAAUGGAAGCAAGCUGCGUCAGCCGAAUGAACUUCCAUUCGACCUGUGCUUUGGGGGCAGGAGACAAUUUUGUAGAACAGGUUAUGCUGAUCUGGAUUCAAAUCGUGAUCCAGUCCCUGCAAAAGCCAGGCUUAAUGCACUAGACUUUGACACUUUACUUAAGCAAGCUCAGAGAAACUUGAAAAGGUAACACUUGAGGAAAAGAGGAAGACUUGAAUCACAUGUAUUACCUCAGUGCUACGCACAAACCUUCCAAGUGCUGCCAUUUUAGUUAAUGUAAUUUUUUUUUUGUUUGUUUUUUGCUUCUACAAGCUUACACCUUCUAUUGAAGUGAAGAUUUGUAUGGAAAAAAAAAAAGAGGAAAAAAAUUUAAUAACACAAGUAUGUAAUGAAAAGUACGGAUUUUUUUUAAAUAAAUUUAUUUAAAUGAAAAAAAUGGAUACAUUUUAAGAAUUAAGUUGAGCAGGCCUAAUGCUGAGGGGAUGAAUGUACA